AUGCCGCACAUUGCGAACCACACCAAGGGGCUGCCCGGCGAGAUAUUGGUGAGGAUAUUCGACUGCUUCACAACACACGUCGAGCUCGAAGAGCGACUGCAUCAGGCCUCCGAGGUCGACUCGACCCCAGACUACAAGACGCUCAGCCACAUUACCAAAGCAUCAAGACAAUUCAGCCGACUAGCACAACCUGCGCUAUACCAACUACUCGUCUUACACGAAAGAGCAUCAUGUGCUUUGUUAUUUCGGACCUUGUUGAGCCGGCCCAAGAUUGGACAUCUUGUCAGAGGCCUCUCCAUACAUGUCUAUGACGACGAAUUCGACCCAGAAACGGACACAGUGCUCCGCAGCCAUCUCAAGGCGUUUCGUGGGAAGCAACCCGGCGUCCGUACUCCUCUACCGGUCCCUGAGUCUGCGGAUGCACAACUCGCCAUGUUUCUCGCGUUUCUGCCGCAGGUCGAAACCCUGGAUGUGAUGCUGGACGACAAACAGGGGUUGUCAUCCGACUUCCUGACUAUCCUCCCAUACUGGAGGGGAGUUGUUGAGCAGUAUCUGGACCUAAGAUCUGGGGCCGGUACCAAGAUACCCCUCCAAAGUGCAAUUCACAGUCAUUUCCCAGCGCUUCGUCAAGUACGCCUCAGGCAUUGGAGACUGCUCAACAAAACACCACGGCUACAAUAUGCAGCGGAGCUGCUUAGUCUGCCCACGCUGGAGUCGCUACACUGCCACUGGACAAAUUUGAGUCUGAUACCAGAGCAAAUCAGUCAGUUCGCACCAGAGGCAAGCCCGUUGGCUCUCAAGGACAUAUUCCUAGAGAACUCGAGUAUUGAUGCCACCAGCCUCGAAUGCAUCCUGUCCAAGUGCGCAAACAUCAGAUCUUUGACGAUAUCCUGGGGAGAAGAGCAGGUCAGCGACUUCAAGCUUAACUACCGGCAGCUUGGCACCAUCCUUCGCAAACACUGUGGCACUUUGGAGACAUUGGUACUCAACCCCACAAAGUCGAGGCCUCUGCACGAAGCGGGCGAUGACGCCUGCAUCGGGCCACUACGCGCGCUGUCUAAACUCAGGCAGCUCGCCAUCGACAGCAAUGCUCUACUUGGGCACAGUCAGUAUCUGGGAACCAACGACCAGACAUUACAGGACAUGCUCCCGGCGUCUCUGGAAGCGCUGCACCUUAGCUUCCCCAUUGGGGCGGUCAAGACUGGGGAGAAGGCUCUCUACCAGCUCCUAACCAGCGCCGGCAUGAGCUUGCCUAGCCUGCGGCAAGCUUCCGUGGACGAUCGAAACGUCAGGUUCCGGAAGGAUUUUGAGGCGCUUGGAUGGGCGCGAACCGGCCUGCGAGAAGUUGGCAGCGAGAUGCCUUACCACAGCGGCUGCUUCUACCCGAUGCUGUUGAGGGAUCGUGCUCCUGAGGCCACCGCAGCGAGCCACGGAGCCUGA